AUGUCAGGACACGGCUGUGAUCAUUGCCGAUUGUUGGGUAACGUGACGCGACCGGUUCGUCGGGGGCCGCAAAACGGCCCGGUUGGCCGCAGGCCAAACGCAGGAAAGAAGGACGACGCGAAGCGUCGACCAGCUGACCCAAUGUGCCCGGACAAGGAUGACCUCGAACCGCUGGAUGAGGCUCUAUCGAAUAAUAUUAGGGCUUCCAGGAUAGAAAGGGAUCUAGAGGGAGUGACCACUGUCCUUUUGGUUCCGGCACGUCCCGGAAAGUCCAUACCUCCAGUUGGAAUAUUGACAAAAACGGCACGGACGUUCGUACAGGAUGGAGCAAGCACCGAAUUCGCCACUCAAGUUCUUGGUACGACUUUAGACAACGGUCGUCUCUACGCAAGAAUUCUGUCUACGUCCAGCAGAGUAUUCUAUGAUAAAGAGCCAACGCCAGAUUCAUCAAGUCCCUACGUCGUUUAUCCCUCGAGAGCGCCUGAAAGCGAUUGGCGAUUUAAGGUUGCCCUCGAUAAUGCGCCAAUUAAGGCAAUCGAGGGAAUAAAAGUGCCAAAUGGCGAUAACGAGGAAUCGAGCGAUUUUGAGAGGCAGAGAGAAGCCGCUAGUACCAUGAAAUUGGACGAGUUAUCCAAAGAGAACGAUAUAUUCAACAAGAGAGAUCUAAAUGGGGAUACACAGAGAUUCAAACCGGCAAAAGUACGAACGGCCGACGAUUUGCCCACUUAUACUGUUAAACAGGAGUACGUGACGAGCAGCUUCGAUUCGUUCGACGAUGAGUCUAAGAGUUUCAGGCCGCGAGUGCCGAAAAUUUUUAAACCGCAAGCUCCGAAAAGUCCGCCGCAAAGAAAGGUGGACACGAGAGCCUUUGCCACGGUGACUUAUCAUGGUUUCGCAGACUUCACGACCACGGUCGGCGACACCGUCAUCGUCUUCUCGCCAAGCACGUCACCAGCGCCGGUGGGACGUCCUGCUACUACGAUCAAAGGUGAUGCCACGCUUCGUCCGGAUGAUGGCGUGGCGGUGCUGAAAAUUCAUCCUACGACUGUGAUGGAACAUACAAAAACCGAUCGACCUUACGAAGAAAAUCGAAAGCAUACUUCGGACGAUCAGUUGUUGAGCGCAAUCAAUCGCGGUAACAUUCAACCAAGUGUCACCGAAGAGAUUGAAACCGAAUCAUCGACCAUGUCUACGGAGCCGUUAUUAUUGGUGCCCGAUGUCGAAACAGGAUCAUUGAAGCCAACGGGUCUUUUAAAAGUUAUCGACUCUACUACUUCGUUAGAUGGAACUACGACUCAUUACAAGAGUCAUAUUUAUGGCACGUACAUUGGUACAAAUUAUGCGCAAAUUAUUCACACAUCUUCAAACGUAUAUUUCUUCCCGGAUGAAGCUACUGUAACAUAUGAAGCUGAUGAUACUACGAUGGACUACGGUACAACUGGAACAGAGUCUGACGAGCAAGAUACCACUGUCAAUGCACUACCUUCAACUACACCGACGACCAACGAAGAAACACCGUUCGAAAUGAACGAACUAACCACUCCACUGAGAGGUACAACAGAUAAUGUUUUAACGACGUUGAAAGAUAUUUUAGAAAGUGCGAGAAAAGUGCUAGGGACGACCGAAUCGGUACGACCGAUUUUUGAUUAUGAACUUCCCAAUGAUAUCGUAUCAGGAGAUCCUCAGGGUCGUAGUAUUAAAGGCGGCUCUCCUCAGAAUGAUCAUCAAUCCGACAAACACAAGCCGCAUGGGUUUAAAUUGGAUAAUGUAGAAGAGAAAAUGACAUUAGCUACAAAACUACUACCGUCUACUGUCUACAAGACAUUCACAUAUUUCACGACUUUCUUUAUUCCAGACAACGAUCAGACCACUACUUCGAUACGCUCUCGAGAAGUAGUUUCUUCCGAGGUAACCUUCUUGACGGAAUUAGUUCGACCUACCUCAACCGAUAGUUCGAUUCAAUCCACUUCUUUACCAGGCACAAAAACACCAAAUUUACCUGGCGAAAUCGAAGAAGAGCAGACUACUAAACAAGACGAGGAAAUAGAACUCAUUUUUAAAACUUUGUAUACGACAUAUACGUAUCUAACGACAUUUUUCCAAGAAAAUACAUCAAGCGUAUCUAGUCGACAAGUCGUUGAUACUAACAUUAUUACGCAGACUAUUGGACCAAACGGCGCUUCCGCAAUUGUCGGUUUCUUUGACAAGAAUGAGUCCGUUUUGAUAUCACCGACAACAAUAUCGCAGAACAUUUUCCCUUCUAUAACAAAUCCUCAAACUCCUGAGGAAUUUAAUAGAGAGACAGAGCCGACUUAUCAAGUGUCUGAUGAAACGACAGACGAAAGUUUAACUACUUUCCAACAGCAAGAUACUACUAUACAAGAAAACAUUCCAACGGAAUCUAUCACAACCGUUGAUGAUUUUGAAACGUCAGAUGAAUGGAUCACUGAUUUAGAACCAAGCCCUACCCCGGCUAUAGCGAGUCAAGCAGCAAAAGAACAAGUGAAAACAUAUUAUACGACUUACACGUAUUUUACCACUAUCUUUGUGGAUGAUGAAACAGAAAUCGAGACACGAACUGAAGUCUUUACUAAUGUCGUCACAGAAACUAUUACGCCCACAAACGUUCAAUCAGUUCCACAACAAACGAUUCAACCGGCAACGCCAAAAUCUGAAUCUGCCGAGAAUAAGCCUGCAGUUCCUCCGGAGAUCUUAGCAUAUCUAGAGGCUCUUCAACAUCAAAAGUCUCAAGAAGAAGCACUUUUAUUGGCAAAGAAAGUUCAGCAAGCCAAUAUUGAUGAAGCAACGCACGCCGAUGAGACCACAACUCUGACCGAAAAUAAUACCGAAUUAACUACAGAAUCACUUAUUACCAUGGAAGAUCGAGCCACCACCGAGCGUCUAUCUAGUAAUUUCCAAAUAGUCGCUCAAGUAACACCUAAUCCUCCGACUGAUGUGGAAAUUCUGGGCUCUAUGGUUACGGAUGUUGUGUCAUCUUCCAGCUCCGGUGGCGGUACCGUUCUGGAUGUGAUGGAUAAGAGAAAUGCUGUUCCUGAAGAUCAAGAGCUGUCAGAGUCCAAUAACCACGAGGUAGAACCGGCUCCGACGUUGCUUCUACAGACUAGUUAUACGACCUUCACGUAUUUUACAACAAUGUACAAAGGCGAUCAGACGAAUGUUGCCAGCCGUCUAGAAACAGUUACGAAUAUCGUCACGGAGACUUUAAGGCCAUCCCUCGCGUUGCCGGUUCCGACCAGCACAUUGCCAGUAACGUACUUUACAACCUUUACUUACUGGACAACAUUCUACAAGGAUGGCGAUACCAUAACUACUAGUCGUGAAGAAACAAUUAGCAACGUUGCUACACCGGGAGUUUCGCCUACGCCCACGGUGGAACUUGGUGUAGUAAUGACAUACACGCCAACCGUGAAUCCACUUCUGGAGGAGGAUUCUCUCGUUAACGAACAAGAAUCCAAAGUCACGGCGGAUAAUGAAGUUACACCUUUAAGCAACGCUGCUCCGCAAAAAUCAAUUAUCGAAAACACGAACGUACUAUCUAAAGAAAUUACAACUACUCCUGACGAUAAGAACGCCGUGAAUACUUCAUCGAUUUCGCCCGAUCCUACGACCUUUUAUACUACAUUCACUUAUUUCACUACGUCCUACGUCGGAAACCAGACAAUUUUAAAUAGCAGGCUGGAGACGGUAACCAGUGUAUCAACGCCAGAUAUUACGACGCAACAAGCGACAGGUCGCGCGAUUAAUGGUCCUGUAUAUCCAUCGAUUCAAACAUUAAACACCGAUGAGAAAACAACCGUGGCACCUUCCAAAGUAUCUGAUAAUCUGAAAACGGGUUUGAUUUCGACUAUACGUUCGAGUGAAGUGCAUGAAGAUACUACGACUCAUUAUACGACGGAUGUGUACGGUACUUAUGUGGAUGGAUAUUACGCACGAGUGGUAAAGAGUUCGACGAGUAUAGAAACACCGUCCUUAUCUUCCUCAUCGAUAGCUACGCCAGUUCUUCCUACGGGCGUUUUAUCUUUGAAUAAAGGAAGCGUAGUAGAUGCCGACGAAGUUACUACCGUUUACUUUACGACUAAACAGAUAGGCACGCUUUUCGAAGGAACUUAUGCCAAAGUAAUCGAAAGCACAUCGACCACCAAGAUAGACGAAGAAAAAAAGGCAAGUAUUCCGCCAACUCAAGGUCAUCGAACCGGCUUGGUACGUCUGAUUCAGGGUCAAAUUGAGAAUAAUGGAACCACUACGUUCUAUCAAUCGAAAGUUAUUGGCACUAGUAUCGAGGGUAGAUAUGCCCAAAUUAUCGAAAGCACUUCCAGCUUCUUUGCAUCGAGUCCUACGACAAAUAUUUCACCGACUUCUACUCUACCUCCGAGCCAAUCGACGGGAAUUCCAGAAGUCUCGCCUUCUCCCGCCGUUAUCCAAUCUUCCCUUUCAGAAGAUUCUACAACAGAAUCUCCCGAUCACGACGAAGACUCUGACCAGAAUGAAGAAGAUGAUGAGGAUGAGGAAGAAGACGAAGAUGGACAAAGUUCUAAAAAGAAAUCACGGUUAACGUUCUCGACUAGGAAGAGAACAUUCACGCCAGUGAUCAGACCGUUUGCCUCCAGAAACAGACCAACGUUUAAUCCGAAACGUAAAGGCGCACAAGCUGCCACAACUAUCACCAGAACAGAUAUAACGCCCACGAUAACCGCGACUUUAGCCGGCAAAAGUAACCGAUUCGUUUCAUCACGAAGUCGAGUCACUUCGCCCAUCGGACCAUAUUCUUCAACGUUGUCUCCAUCAGGUUCUAGACGAUUUUCUGGCAGACGGGGAAGCAUCGCUACUUCAAGCUCGGCAUUCCCAGCGAGCAGUACUCGCGCAAGAGGACAAACCAGAAUAACUCCGUCGUCCGUGUUUCAAAGCAAUAGGCGCGGACCAACGUCAAUAAGAGGAUCUUCUUCUAAACCUGCAAUUCGCGUUUCAAGUUCUGCGUUUCCCAGCGCUUCCUCGAGAUAUCGACCUGGUAUUCGACCAUCAUCGACAUUAUUGAGAGGACAACCUACGGUUAAGCACGAUGAUCAAGAGAACGAUGCUAAUGAAUUCACUACAACUACGAUAUUGACGGAUGAGACGUCAUUCACAGAAUAUUUGGAAGGCGAAACUGUUACAACUCCUUUGCAGACUACGACAGAAUCAUCCAGAAGAUCUACAAAUCCGCUCUUACGAUUCCGCAGGCCUAUUAAUUUAAAUAAUAGAUCAGGAAUCACUACUCGAUCACCGCCGACUACAACACCAAGACGAUCGGGAAAUUUAAAUAGACCGAGCGCGCCAACUAUUCCCAGAGUAACAAAUGGACGAACAAAUACCCGAGCUACUCCUCCAGUAUCUACGAGAAGUCGACCAAGUAAUACAGGUCUAUUUCCUCCACGUGGAUUUCUUGGCAGAAAGCAAGAGUCAGCCACUGAAGAGCCCAACGAAGAACCCAACGAAAAUGAGGACGAAGGAAUUGAAGACGAACAACCCGUUGAAGAAAUAUCAGAUAACGAUUAUGAAGGAUCAGAACACGAAGACAGAAGAUCGAAUACAAAUGUGAAUCGUCGUUCUGGAAAAUCUGUUGGUUCCGUCGUACAAAUCAGACCUUUUGGAGCUAGAACGAGAAGAGUUCGUCGUCAGGCUAGUCAAUUGAAAGCAUAUCGUUUCCAUAGGCCCAUUCAAUCAUUAUCCACAAAGGAUGAAGAUAAAUCUGAUUUAUUAGAUACCUUAGGGAGUAAAGAUGACAUUGUAAAAAUAGCAUCAAAACCUAGCGCUCGAUAUAAUAAUCGAGCGCGAAGUUUGAUGACAUCGCAAUCACAACUAAAAACAUUUAAUAAUCCGGAUCAAUCAGCGGAAACAACGGAGUUUGUAAAUCAGCAGAAUAAACCUAAAACCAGAUCAAAUCAAUCUACUAGUGGAAAUAGAAACGGAUCUGUCAGAAUAAAACCGUCAUCGACCUCGAGCAAUGGAAGACAAUUUACAUUAAGAGAAAAAGAUAAUGUUUCGAACAGAUCGGAUUAUAAGAGACCAACUUCAAGAACAAGCAGCAGAUCAAGCAAUAAGACAACUCAGAACGGAAGAGUAAGACCACCGAGAUUACGAAACGGAUCUUCCAAACCUUCAACCGGAUCUUCUAAUUCUCGAAGAGUACCACCCUCUCGUGGAUCCUCAAGAUCAACGAAUGGAAGAAACGGAAACAACAGAAGAGGCCCUACAAGAGGCAGAGGAUCUUACGAGGACAUCCGAGAAGCGCCGACCGUACAUCCAAAUUUUGACGGCACGAUAACCGUAACACAUUAUGUACCAAAAGAAGUAACGAUUCCUGUAGUAAAUAAUGGCGUUACAGAACAUCGUAAUAUCAUAACCCAGCAACCUAGUACCGAAAUUCUCAGACCCUCACAAUAUAGCACGGUGACAGCUGGAGAUGGCAAGUCGCUCGUAGUAAUCGUUAGUGAAAUUACGGGCACCAACGUUCAAGGCCAGACCGAGGUUACACGAUUUUUGCUUCACGAGACACCCACUACACGUAUCUCGCACACACUUUCGAGCCUCGGUGGUCGUCGCGUGUCUCAAUCGGUUAUCGUACCCACGACAGUAUAUUCUGUGGAGAACAUAGUUUCUACGGUACAGCCGUCCUUGUCCGGCAACGCUCCCCUCGCUAAUAUUCUUCUCUCGCAAUUGCUAUUGGGUCAAUUAGGUCCGAAUCCCCUAUUACAAUCUCAAGCUACACCUACCACACAAUAUAAUACACGCACUACUUCCUACGUCACUACAAUAACAAAACAUCAAAGCACUGUCAUUCCCCUAACCUUCCGCGGAAAAGAGAUCCUGACGACUUUAGUCGAUUCUUCGACCGACAUUGUCACCGCAACAGAAUUCAUAACGGACACCGUUGUAGUAACUCCAACUGCUGCGAUACCAGCGGCCAACAUAAAUUCUCUCUUGCUGCUGCUUCAACAACCGCAAUCUCAGCAAAAUUCCAAUCCGUUGCUGGAUCCUCUGUUCGCGCCUCCUCCGUUUACGCAGAGCAACACUCUACCAGGUGAAGUCGAGAGAAGACAUCAGCCGGCCGAUUCUGACUACAGACACGACAGUUACGAAUAUUCCGAGGAGGAGAACGAAGAAAAAUUGGAAAAUUAUCAGAAAUCAUCUAGAGGCGGACGUGGCAAAUCGAACGAUAAAAAGAAGGCCUCUGCGGCUUCCAACAAAGCCGAAUCCAGCGUAGUGACACUCUAUGUUUCCGGCCGCAGACCCGGAGAGUUCAGCACUGUUCUAAGCACUGUAAAAGUCGGUGAUUCCGUUACCGCAUCCAGGAGACGAAGAGACACCUUGCAGGAAGCUGUCGAGGUCCGACCUUCGGUAUCGCCGUCAUUGCACGCCGGACCGGCCGUCGCCAUUUUAGCGGGAAGCGAAGAUCCCAUCGACGUACACGCACCGACACAAAGUCUCGAGAGCGUAGUGGGUGACGUCGGACGGCAUAUUUCCACAUCCAUCUAUACCUAAUCUUGUCCCCUCCGCCAAAAAAGUCUCCUUCUGCUCCUCACCUCCUUCCCUUUCACUCUUAUAUCAUAAUUAUCCAUAAUUUUAUCGAAAUCCACUUAGAAUUGCCCGAAGCUAACGGCCUUCCCUAAAAUCUCCAUCCAUUCGGAGAGCGUUAGUUUAGCUUUCUUCGGGCACGUCGCAGUGGACAAAAAACGAGUAACUUUGAUGAAAAUCGAGGUUGCUAAAUAAUGUAAUAUAGAUAAUAACCGUAACUGCCAAGAUCUUUUCUCUUGAAGCAACAAGGGAAGAAUCAUAUAAUUGGCAGUUUCGAAAAGGGAACUAUCCGUGAGGAUGGUUACCUCGUGUGUCCGUUUUGCAACUUGUUCUCUCCCAAAUCUCUCCUCUCUUGAAUCUCUUCCUUCUAAAAAUUUCCCCUUCGAGCAUCGUCCCCAUUUUUCCCCUACUAACACAACCUUGAUCUGCCGCCGCACGCGCGCCCACACGACAAAGUCGGACAUGAUACUCUCUUCCAUCGACAACAUUACAAACAAACACGUCAUCUGCCCGUUGCGGAUAAUGUUACUAAAACGCACAGUAUACGGUGAAAUCUAAUCGAACGUGCAUACAAAAAUAAAACACGAAACG